AUGAAUUCCCUUCGCAUCUCUUCGCGGGGUUUUAGAGCUCCUCGAAAUGCCUCGUUGCCGGCAACGCUGUCCCAUGUCCGACACUUCCACCCGACCAAACCAGCACCCAGUCUCAUCAAUGUCGCAUUGGAUGCCUCUACUGGGUUAAUUCAUGGCGUACACAAUGUCACCCAUCUGCCAUGGGUCGCUUCCAUUCCUCUUACAGCGGUUCUUGUCCGAACAGCCAUUGGAUUCCCACUCCAAUUCUUUACACGAAUCCACGCACGCCGCGAACGCGAUAUAGCGCCGUUAUUAUUGUCCGCCCAGAUGAAGUUCACAAAAGAAGGAAAGAAAAAAGGGGAGUCGGCCCCAGAAGUCAUGAAAAAAGUUCAUGCAUGGACGGCUCAAACACGAAAACAAUGGGGCGUACAUUCCUGGUAUAAGUUCUUGACUUUCGCCCAGCUGCCCGUCUGGAUAUCACUUAUGGAAAGUAUCCGCGGAAUGUGCGGGAGCACAAAUGGUCUGGUACCCUGGUUACUCUCGUUGAUCGAGCCAACUCAAGAGGGAGCAGCAGAAGCAGUCAAGUCCCUCCAUUUGACCGUCGAGCCAACACUCGCCAAUGAAGGCGCUCUCUGGUUCCCUGAUCUUCUGGCCGGUGACCCCACAGGAGCAUUACCUGCCCUGCUCACAGCAUCCAUCCUGCUGAAUGUGAACCUGGGAUGGAAACAAACCUCUAUGUUGGAGAUGUCUGAUAUGCCAAAGCUUCAGAUGUAUCAAUCAUUCCUUUUCACGGGUAUGCGCGUGUUUAUUCAGGUCCUUGCAGUCAAUGUUGGAUUAUCGGGCUGGUAUCAUGAGAUGCCUACUGCGCUUAUGAUAUACUGGAUAACCAGUACCAAUGUUGCGACUAUACAGACUUGGUUCCUGGACAAAUUCUUGUUCUCAAGGCCGCCGAUUCCAGCUUACAAAACAAAACACAUCAAACUCUCACAGGCUGGAGAUCCUUUCAGAUUGAAAUUGAGAUCAUAA